AUGGGCGUUCCUCCUGGUUUGCUGGAUGUGCUUCUGUUCUGUCUAGUUGCCAGCCAGAUAGCGGAAUACACUGUCGAGAAAUCAAAAGUUCAAAACUACUUCGUUUGUGUGAUUUCAUAUGCCCUGUUUGUGAUGCAUGGUUUGCUGUUUGGCGGUCCAUCUUCCGUUAUGCAGCUAAACGGGGCAGAGGUUGCGUCAUUGCAGGAGCCGGGCCACGGAUGCAGCUCCCCCACCCACCAACGCGUGGGGGCACCUAGCUGUUGUUGUACAUUGUGCCUGACUUGGCUUCUUCUCUACCAAAGCGUGCUGAGAGAAAAUCUGCGUGUCAACUAUCCAUCCAUCUACCCAGACAAACCAGAAUGUGUAUACAAAGGAAAGGAUGAAAUACUCCUUUCAGACCUCAUAUUAAACCCAUCACAUUCCAUCCUCACCCAGUCAUUUGACUCGCGCCUCCGACUGGACCGCAGACGACCACACAACGGCGAUGGGUUCGGUAUUGGAUAUUACACAUCUCCCUCUCUGGGCCCAGAGCCCUGCGUCUUCACCUCGACGAUCCCAGCAUGGAAUUGCAUAAACCUCUCUCGCAUCGCCUCCAAAACGACAUCCUCCCUCAUCUUCGCACACGUUCGCGCAACGACCGAAGGCAAUCUCAGCGAUAGCAACUGCCAUCCUUUCUCAUACAAGUCGCUCAUGUUUAUGCACAACGGCGGCAUCGGGUGCUUCAAGCUCAUCAAGCGUCGUCUCGCCGUGUCCCUGAACGAGAAGUGGUUUACGCUUGUGCAGGGGUCGACAGAUAGCGAGUGGGCCUUCGCUCUGUUCCUUGACUGUCUGGAUAAGGUGGGGGUGUCGCCAGAUAGCGAGCCAGGCAAGGGUGGGUUUGGGCAUACGGUGCUUCGUAAAGCCAUUCUCAAGACGAUCGAGAGGAUCAAUGGGUUCAUUGAGAGCGUGGUGGGAAAAGAAGGCAUGGGGAACGAAGACAGCAGGAGUCUGUUGAACUUUGCGGUUACAGAUGGAGAGAGCGUUGUAUGUUCGCGCUACGUGAGUAGCAAGACCGACGAAGCUGCCAGUCUUUUCUUCAGCAGUGGCACGAGCUGGAAAGAGUUGGGCGGUGGAGACGCUGCGAGUUCUUCUUCGGAAGAUGGCAGAGAUUAUGUCAUGGAACGUCGGGACAAAGGCUCAGAUAUUGUGCUCGUAGCAAGUGAGCCGUUGACCUUUGAACGAGAUAACUGGGUCACCGUCCCAACAAACAGCACCCUCACCAUUUCCAAACAAACCGUCAUGAUUCACCCCAUCAUCGACGACUUCUACAGUCCCAAUCCUGCACAUGAGCGUAGUGCGGGCUUCGCGCAGGCCAAGGGGCAGACGGUUACGGGGCCAGAUAAGAAGGUACUCGGACAGAGUCGGACGCCCGAUGGUCUACAACAGGUGGGCGGGACAACGGAUGUUUUGGGCGCGGCGAUUAGACGGAUGGAGGUUGGGUGUGGUGAUGAUGCGUGA